UUAAAACCUAGGAUAGAAUACAAUCAUUUUCACACUCCACUCGAAUCAUAGGUUCCAAGUCUAACCUACAAAGUUGAAAGACGAAUUGGAAUCCGGAGAAGAGCCAAUUGUACAAUUACAUGUUUAUCAUUACAGAGUGCACGUUUAAAAAUAUAUAAAAUGAUAAAGGCAAUUUUAGUGUUCAAUAAUCAUGGAAAACCUCGACUGUCAAAGUUUUAUCAUUAUUUCAAUGAAGACAUGCAACAACAAAUAAUAAAAGAAACCUUCCAAUUAGUCUCCAAAAGAGAUGACAAUGUCUGCAAUUUCUUGGAAGGUGGGAGCUUGAUAGGCGGUUCUGACUAUAAACUCAUUUAUAGGCAUUACGCUACUCUUUAUUUCGUCUUUUGUGUUGAUUCAUCAGAAUCAGAACUCGGAAUAUUGGAUUUAAUUCAAGUCUUCGUAGAAACUCUUGAUAAAUGUUUUGAGAAUGUCUGUGAAUUGGAUUUGAUUUUUCAUGUUGAUAAAGUUCAUUACAUUCUUAAUGAGUUAGUGAUGGGUGGAAUGGUGCUGGAGACUAAUAUGACCGAGAUUUUAACAAGGAUUGAAGACCAAAAUAGAUUGGAGAAACAAGAGGCGGGAAUAACAGCCGCACCAGCACGAGCGGUAUCAGCAGUGAAAAACAUGAACAUUCCACAACAAAUUAAGGACAUGAAGCUGCCCGAUUUGCCGCAAGCAAUCAAAGAUUUAAAAUUCUGACCAGCCGUUACAUCCGUUUCCCCUAGCUGACUGGAUUCCCCGACAUUUUCCAACACGAUCUAUGAUCCAUCGUUAUUUCAACAAAUGUACACACGUACGGACAGAAAUGAAAAUUCACCAAUUCUUCCAAAUUUUGAUGACCAAGUGAUAAAUAAGUCAUGAUGAUACCACAAUUAAACGAAUUUUUCUUUAUUAUUGAAAAAAACUAUAGAUUAAUUAUUAUCUUACGAAUUCCAUUUUCCGUUUUUAAUUAAGGACGUGUUAAUGUCACUCCGUUUUUUUUCCGUUUUAAUUUUCCGCAUUUCUAUUAAAUAAUUUAUCAAAUUGAUGCUAAAAAUAUGAGAAGUUAUGGGAAAACAGCAAUACAUCCUUGACGGUUCUUUGAACCUGACAUGGUGAAGUCGAAGGUUUUUGUUCGUGAAAAAGACCGAAGCCUUCGGUAAAAGCGUAUUAUGGAUUGCCCAGUGUUAGGAAUAAUAAAAAGUGUAACUCAUGAUCAAGUUGAUCAUUUUCAUAGCAACUUGAAUGUUAGACAAUUACAAAUAAUCGUAUUAAAUCGAGAACUAGUUUUUUUUUUGUAAGGACCAAUUCUAUUGCACUGAACAUUGUCUUUCAGAUAAAUACCAUUACCAUGCGGAGGGUGAAUGAUUCGUCAUAUAUUUUGGGAUAAA